AUAAGUAGAAUGUCAAGACUGUCUCCGAUAUACGUGGAUCACCAAGCAGCAGCUUAUUGUUCUUUAAAGCAUGAAGUGUCAGUGUCGCUGAACGUUAUGACAGCCCAUCGCCAAUUUCUUGCUAAAUUAUGUCCAUAAGUAUUUUGUUCCUGGCUAGAAUAAUGACGAAAAAAAAAACAAGAAGAAAGGAAACAAAACAAAAAACAAACAAACAAACAAACAACAACAACAAAAACAACAACAAAAAAAAAGAAAGAAAAAAAAAAGAUGAUCGGAGCCCAGCGUAUUUAGGCCACUGCCAUAGUCGGCCGUCUUAUUUAAUAUGAUACAUAAUAUAAUUCUGCAUAAUAUAAAAUGCAUGCCCCAGUGUCAAGCCAAGGCAUGAAUUAGGUAUUUCUUCGUUGUUGCAACUAAAUUAGUUUACUGACAUUGUUAUCUUAUGGAAAGAUGAUUCAUUGAUCGAUUUUCUUAGAAAUAAAGGAUAAAAAGAUGUUGAUUAUGAAUGAUAAUGUAGUCUAAUUAUAACUGAUUACUUUUGCUCACAGGUAGAGACAUUCAUUAUGAUGUACCGAACACAUUGCCAGAGAAUGUUGGACACUGUUGUUAGCGCCAACUUUGAAGGAGUUCAGAACUUUAUCACCCACUUCUGGCAAGGAAUGCCGGGCCACAUCAUUUCAGUGCUGGAGUGUCCUGUGGUUGUUGAUAUUGUGGCCAUUUGUGACUCCAUACUAUACAAGGUUUUGACAGAUGUCCUAAUACCUUCAACCAUUCAAGAUCUUCCGGACAGGUAAGGGUUCCUCUCUCUCUCUCUCUCUCUCUCUCUCUCUC